CAAAUUCCUCACUAGUAAAUCGCAUUUAAUUGCCGAUAAUCGGAUCCUCGUGUAAUAUUAGCCCCCCUGCACCGGUUGUUAUAAGAGAUAAACGAUUUUCCCGUAAAAACGCAUAUCGAAAACGUUUUUUUCAUUCAGUAAUCGCGGGGUUGUUACUAUUACUACAACUACUACGAGUACACGAGCGCGGGCAUUGGGCGCGUUGACAAUAAUUUACGAGCAGGAGACAUUUCCCUUUUUAAUUUAUCGAAGGAAUCCACUUAAUUCCAUAACAGUUUAGCAAGUGAAGGGCUGGAACCGUGAGAUUUUCGGGUAUUUAGGACAUGAAAAGGGGCCGCUGUCGGCUGAGUAUUGAUUAAAUAGCGGCACAGUGGUGGCAUCGUAACUCGAGCUACAACGUUUUAUCCCGUUACUCGUGAAAAUUUCGUUAUCUCGCUGAAAGAAAAUGCAACUAAUCCUAAUGAUCACUAAGCACAGGAAGUUUUUAAGAAAAAUAACAAAGGAUAGAUGAUUAUGAUUUUAAUCGGUUCCUCGACCAGAUUACCUGGGAGUUAGUCUGGUAUGCAGUGGCGGAAACUUGCGCGCUCAAAACUCUCGUCCGGUCGGUCACGCACGCGCAACAUGCUCUGCUGUGGCCGCAGAAAGGAUAAUGGACGCGAGGCUCUGGAUCUCACGGCAUCGCCACUGCGUGCCCCUCCAGUUACCCCUAACAAUCGCCCCACCCAUCCACCCCCUAUGGUCAUACAGGGGGAUUUUAGAAAGGUAUCAGGGAUCAGCUCAGAGAUAUUCAAACAGAUAGAAGCGGUCGAGAAUGACCACGAUGCCUCCACUGCUGCUGCCCUCGAACAUGUGGAAAGGCGUGGUGAGAUGAUCGUCCGGAUUCUGGAAGGUCGCCAUCUUGGACGAACUGCUGCUGACCAAGCGAAGCGCUUCCUAGGCAUGCAAGAUGCCAAGCACCAAGUCCAGUUUGUGGAAAUUGUGAAACGACCUGGACAGACCCUGGGACUGUAUAUCCGUGAGGGUAAUGGGCAGGAUCGUCAAGAUGGCGUCUUUAUUUCAAGAAUCGCCUUGGAGUCGGCUGUUUAUAAUAGCGGUUGUCUGAAGGUGGGCGACGAAAUUCUAGCAGUAAACUUGGUGGACGUAACUCACAUGAGCUUAGAUGAUGUAGUCAUCAUCAUGUCCAUUCCUCGUCGGCUGGUUCUCGCGACGAGGCAAAGAAAAGGAGGUAAGGGCGGCCAGGGGUCGCCUUCGGUACAGCCAAAGGCGGAGCAUAAGGCGCCACCCGUGGUUGUUAUUAAACGGGACUUACAGGAUGAUGAACAGGAUGAGGUUGAUGGACCUGACUCACACAGCAGAGACGCCAUGCGUCAAAGACACACAGGCGAUGGCAGAGAGAUGAACGACUCCAGAUCCCGUUUAGGACUAGGACUGUCAUCUACUCUGGAUAGACAAUCAGGACUAGAUAGACAUUCGCAGCAGCACUCGCAACAACAGGCUCAGCAGCCGGAUUCCAAUGGACUAGAUCUAUACUAUAAUAGUCGACCUCCGGAUACCAGCUGGGGCUAUCAGCCGCCCCCUCCUGUAAUUACAGAGCAGCCUAAGUCUUCGCAACCCCAUUUCCCCCAGUAUGAUAGGAGUGGUUAUCCCAAUACUCUUGAAAGUCUUGCUGAGAAAGUUCAUUCCUUUGGGAUGGGAAGAAGAAUGUCUGCAGGAGGGCAACCACCACCUUCUAGAAUGUCUUCACAACAAAAUCCUUCCUCCCACUAUUACGUUCAGCAUGCAGGAACCGGUAGUAGGCGCAUUAUGCCUAGGUCAGGAUCAGAUCAGCAUUUACCACACACGGAAUAUACGGACUAUACCAGUAUUACUCAAGCAGGAAGGCAUAGUUUGCUAAGAUCUAGUCUUAAAUCAGGGUCUACACUUAGCAGGUAUAAUCAAAGAUUCGUAGACCAAGCUGCUGUAGCUGCCCAGCUACAGUCAAAGUAUGGCGGAGCCAGCGGAGCUGGAUCUCAAUAUAGUGCCGGCGGUUCCACCUUAAGAAGAAAUCGAGGAAGCCUAGAUUAUUCUAGUGACACUGAAGCAACUGUGGGGUCGAGGAGUGGAUAUUAUUAUUACCGAGAUCGAUCUGGAGGACCAACAGGUCCUACUGGCCAUGGAACAAUUCCUUCUGUAGGACGACAAAGUUCAUUGCCACCAACCGACAUUUCGACCAAAUUUAACUCUCUUCCAAGAGAUACUAGGGGUACCACAAGACUGGCCAUGAAUAAGAGAUUUGCUGAUAGGAAUGUCUCUAUUUUGCAAGAUGAAGCUGAUGGAGCGCUUUCCGCUCCUGAGAUGCCUUCCAUUCGACGAGAUAGGGAUGAGUAUAGGCAAUGGUUAAGCAGAACGCCAUCUACCUCAGCAAUCUAUGAGCAAAUUAGAGCAUCUAGAGAUGUUCUAAAUCAACAAAGGGCAGCUAGAUUUACUUACAGUGCUGAAAAUAUACACGAUGCUCUCAAAAAUAUGGAAAGUGGCAUCUACAGUUCGUAUGGUGGCAGACCUGGUGCCACGUCGACCUUAGACCGUCAUUUUACAAGAUCGCAACAACCCAGUAUUCCAGCCAGGUCGUUGUCUACGCAACAUAUCACGACUUCUGGAACAUUAAGUAGCAGUAGAUCACCUUCUAUGCGCAGGAUGCGUCAGCUACUUGACUUGGAUAGCGUUAGAUCCGGUGCUGCGCCAAGUCCAGUACCUACACCAAGCGGUACUCUACCUAGAGGGCAAAGACAGUUAGAUAUUAACCCGGCUGAAUUCCUUAAAUAUAAGAUAGAUAAACCGGGCCUUCCCGGUGGUGGAACUUCCAUUAGCGGAGGCCUUUCUCAGCUGACAGGUACUUUAACCUCCAGUGAGGAUGGUGAGCCGGUGAGCGGCAUGCUAUGGGUUCAUCUACUGGCUGGUAGGGGUCUGAGGGCUUCUACUGGUACUUCUGCUGCCACAACUCCUGUCACACCCAGUGGCGGAGUGCCAACAGUUGCUGGUUCAACAGGCUUACGAGACUUAUAUUGUGUACUGGAAUGUGACAGAGUUCACAAGGCAAGGACUGUGGUUCGCACGGGGGAUUUAGUCUUCGACUGGGAUGAAAGUUUUGAACUAGACCUCGUUAAUAACAGGGAAUUGGAUCUGUUAAUCUACUCGUGGGACCCUCAGUAUAGACACAAGCUCUGCUACAAAGGUUCGGUGUAUCUUCCGACUCUGCUCAAAUCCGGACCCAUACAUCAGCUGGCUCUUAAAAUUGAACCUAGAGGCACACUCUACUUGAGACUGAGAUACACUGAUUCGCAGAAUCUGUAUCGAAGAAGACCGCUAUCUACCUUAACUUUAUCCAGAACGACUCCGUUAUUUGGAGUUGAUCUUGAGACUGUGGUAAAUCGAGAGAAUAAGACUGGAGGAGUUCCAGGAGGAGUCGCUACGGGACUAGUAACCGGAAGCCAACAAAAUAUCCCUAUAAUUGUAAAAAGAUGUUCGAGGAAGUGGAAAAGGAGAGGGCUCGACAUAAUUGGAUUAUAUCGAUUAUGUGGCUCGGCAACUAAAAAGCGCAUUCUUCGAGAAGCAUUUGAGCGUAACAGCCGAUCAGUGGACCUAAGUCCGGACAAUGUUCCAGACAUCAACGUUAUUACCGGGGUACUUAAGGAUUAUCUCAGGGAAUUGCCAGAGCCUCUAUUUUCUAAAUGCCUAUAUCAAAUGAUGGUUGAUGCACUUGGAGUAUGUUUGCCCGAUGAUCCUGAAGGCAAUGCCAAACUUAUGUUUUCAAUACUUGAUUGUUUGCCGAGAUCCAAUAGAGCAACCUUGAUUUUCAUCAUGGACCACCUGGCCUUAGUGGUUUCGGCUUCGGACCGCAAUAAAAUGAAUGCGCAAAAUUUAGCGACGGCACUAGCUCCGCCCUUAAUGUUGCAAUCUGCUGAAACAAUGACGCCUACGUCGAAAACGCAUGAUCUGGAUUAUCAACAACCAAUCAGCGUAUUGCGUUAUCUGCUGCAAAUAUGGCCUACUCCUAAACAUCAUUCAGGUCGGCGCGGCAGGCCGUCGUCCGGGCCGCGUGGCGACAGUCGCAGUGCGUCUCAAGCGGAAGCCUCGGGGGCGGCGUCAUGGAGCCGCCCGGGCAGCGCGCAGUCUCGGCCCUCAGCGGCUCCGUCUCUUCCUCCUCCUCGCUCAGCAGCCUCGGGCCAGCUUCAGUUUCAGCAGGUGCGAGGCCCACUGCCACAGGGCCCAUCACACCAGAUACUCGGCCCAUCAUCAGCAAGCAAAGGUCUCUACCGUCCGCUCUCUCCGCGAGUAGGCCCACAAUCAGCGGCGGGGGGCCAGCAGGCCCCUACGGCCUCUCAGGGAGGUCCAGGACCUCUCAAGCCCCGACAUGUGAUAGUAUCCUCUCCAGGUUCGCCAAGCAGUAGUAGCGAUUCCCAAUCGGGAUCCGACUCCGUGAAGCACUGCCUGCCCGGCCGCGUUAGUUCUCCCGCCAUUCGAGCCUCCCCCUCCCCCUCUUCGUCUGCACAAAUGAUGAUCCAGAGGUCGUCGCCAUCGGUGACAAUGAUUGGUUCAUCAGGCUUACGUCACUCCCCUUCGAUUACAGUGGCUUCCUCUUCAACAGUAGGAUCUCCAGCUACCGGAGGACCAAGGAAUUCACCUAGUAUAACUAGUAUUAGCAGGGCAUCUCCCAGUUUAUUUGGACAGAUAUCAAGAUCCAGUUCUCCAGCAAUGCAAGCCAGCUCUGCAGGACUAAAUGUAACUCUAGGAGGUCCUUCCCCAUCAUUCUCUUCCCUUUCUGGCCUCCAGAGUACCAUAUCCAACAUGAGUACCACCACUUCCAACAUGUUUUCUGAACUUUAUACGCAACCGACAACAUACGCCAGUACCAAUCCCUUUUUAACCGGAGCAUAUAUGUCUUACACUCCUGGGGAUAAUAACUUUAGCGACAAAUUCAAUACCAUUGGGUCUACAAAGGACAUAAAGUCCUUCUUUGACAAUUACAGUAUGGAUUCGAAUGGAAAAUAUUCUUCUAAAUUGACAACAAACUAUGAAACGGAAUGUACUAGUACUGGUGAUGGUGUUUAUGGUACUGCAAAAUAUAAUACGAUCGGAGGCAAGUACAGUCAGGAUAAAUCGAGCUAUUUGACUUCGGUUUAUUCUACUGUGUCCGACUCCAAAUACAGUCCAAGUAAGAACGGAACAAGUUUCGCAUCUAGCCCCCAACAGAAUUUAUCAACGCAUCUGAAUGUGGAAGAGACUCCAACCCCUACCUCCAGCAUCGACACGGAGGAUAGCAACACAAGAGAGGUGGGGGAGAAGGACGUCGAAGGCGAUGGAGAACAAUCCGACUGAACCUCCCGCGCGGCCCGGGCCAACUUUUAAUACUAAAAUAGCUUUUUUUACGAAAUAGUGGCAGCACAAAUGAAAAGACAUUAUACAAUAGUUGACGUGUCAUCUUUUUUCGAUGUAAAUUUGCCAUUUUUCCCUGGUCGAGUAUCACUUUGAUUUUGUUUCAUUGAUUGACGGCCGUCUUUAAAAAAUGAAGACUAUGCUUGUAUUUUGAUAAAUGGUCAAUAAGAGUUCGAUUAAUAGGUU